CCGGUCUUUUUCUUAGUUGAAAGCGCAGUAGUGGUGAACGGUUCACACGCCUCGGCCCCAGCAUUAUCCAAACGCAAAACAAUCUUAAAUCAUGGGAAAUCCUAGAGUUUUCUUCGAUCUCACCGCAGACGGAAAGCCGGUUGGGAGAGUGAUCAUGGAGCUAAAAGCUGAUGUCGUCCCUAAAACAGCAGAGAAUUUCAGGCAGCUGUGCACAGGACAGAAUGGCUAUGGCUACAAAGGAUCCACCUUCCACCGUGUCAUCCCUGAUUUCAUGUGCCAGGGUGGCGACUUCACAAAACACAACGGAACUGGUGGAAAGUCCAUUUACGGAAACAAGUUUGCCGACGAGAACUUCAUCCUGAAACACACCGGUGCCGGAUGUCUGUCCAUGGCCAAUGCUGGCCCCAACACCAAUGGUUCCCAGUUCUUUGUCUGCACAGCUCCUACUUCAUGGCUGGAUGGCAAGCACGUUGUCUUUGGACAGGUUGUGGAAGGCCUGGAUGUGAUCAAGAAAGUGGAGGGCUAUGGUUCCAGCAGCGGAAAGACCAGUGCCAAGAUUGUCGUUGCUGACAGUGGCGAGCUUUAAGCACCUCAACCACUAACUUUCACCCAAACCUUAGUCUAUUUACCCCUAAAUGCUCCGACUUAAAUCCUACCGUAACAUUCCUGUCCUAGAUUUAUAACCCCCAUCAUCCAUUUGUCUAUGAGUUGCCUUUUUGCUGUUUGUUUUCAUACAAAUAAUGUCCUGUAGGCUUAUUUGUGUAUCUGAAAAUAAAGGGGAACAAUGA